AUGAAGCGAGUCUUCCAGCGCCGCGAAAGUGAUUCAAAAGGAGGCCCCUCAGACAAAGACCCAGAGCCGAUCGGACUUGAGCUCUGGUACGAGGGACAAAACGCCAAAGUUGAUAUUAUCUUCAUCCAUGGACUCAUGGGAAAUCGAAACAAGACAUGGCAAGCGACAGAUAGCAACGGUCUAAAGCUCGAUCCUUGGCCUAAAGCUCUGCUUCCCGCAAAGCUCCCUGAAUCCCGGAUCCUCACGUUCGGUUACGACGCGAAAGUCACAGAUACAAAGGAAUUCAUGGGAAAAGUAUCCGAAAAAACACUCCGAGAUCAUGCCACAGAGCUCAUCUAUUCGAUUUUCCACCAACGCCGAGCCCCGGGGUCUACUGAUCGCUCACUUAUAUUUGUUUGCCAUAGUCUUGGGGGUCUCGUUUGUAAAGAGGUGCUGCUCCCUGCAAGGCACGUUCUGCAAAGUUGGACAUAUUUGCUGAUUUCGAAGCAGGGCCUACUGUUUGCAAACCAACGAUCUGAUUAUCGACGCAUUUUACAGUCCACUAGAGGCAUUAUCUUCAUGGGAACACCGCAUCAUGGAUCUGAAGCCGCAUCAUAUGCUCAACACCUGACAAACUGGAUGAGCAGUAUGAAACAGUUCAACACCAAACUGCUUGAAGCUUUAAAGAAAGACUCCGAGAUGUUGGAAAAUAUUCAUGAUGACUUUUGUUCGCUUAUUCGGGAGAAGAGGCAAUCGUCGAUGGAAAGUGCCCCCGGCAUUGUCUGUUUCUUUGAGGAACUCCCGAUGCGGGCAUUGGGUUGUGUUGUCUCCAAGACGUCGGCGACUAUCCCUGGCUUUUCUUGUCGGGGAAUCCGUGCAAAUCAUAAGGGUAUGACUAAAUUCCCAUCGGAAAACGACGCAGGCUUUCAAAGCUUUCUUGAAGAACUAUCAAGAUUUCUCCCUCUGUCCGCCAGACCGACCAGUACGGAUUUGGUAGAUGAUACGUGUGCAUCCAAACAGGAUUCUAUUCUCGUGGGUAAGAGAUUGGACAAAAGCGAAGAAUCGUCCGACGAAAUGACACGACCUACGACUGAACUGACCGAUGUGGUUGAUGCUGGACAUCAAGCCUUUCGCCGAAACUUUGUGUCUACGAGACGAGCUUGCGAUGGCUGCCUUUGCUUCCGUACGGUUUCCCGAGCAUCGUCCAUGGUGAACCUAUUUUUCUUGAGAUCAAGUGGCGAGAAGGUGGAAAUUGCCGAGCACCAGCCAAGUUGCCGAUUUCACAAUCAGAUGAGGACCCUCAAGCGAUCCCAGACCGUCGAGUUCCGGGGAAACUGGAUUCCACUGAGAAUCGCAGUCCAUCUCACGACCACAAAUUAUAGUAUCAACCCUUCAAUCAAGUGUGUCCAGGUCCUCGGUGAGGACGCUCCCGCUUGGAGACUAUACGGGAUAUCCUCCCUGGCGGUCUCUGUGACUUGUUGGGAUGCUCAAUAUGGACCGGAAUUCGUGACACAGUUGGCACGAAAUAUACUACGAUUGCAUCGCGAAGGACACGCUUCUAUAUCUGAUGUAUGCCUAAAUGGACUUACCAGCCUCGAUAAGAUCAUGAGCAUAUUCUUUAUCAAUAUCAAAACUAGCUCGACAAUUUGGGGUAAAAUUCUUUUUAUGUUCAUGGAACCUUUUGGCCGUUUGAGAGGGAUUUAUGCAGACCGCAUGCGCUCAACUUUGGAAGGGCUGAUAAAGAAGUUGACUCUCUUGGGCUGGGAUCCAAGCCAGGCAUCGUUGGAGAACUCCAACGGGCCAUCUAAAGUCUUUUUCGCAGUCCAACACCAUUAUGAAAUUCUCGAAGGUGCGUGCAAUAUUCCAAUGACAAUCCCUUCACCUGACCAAAGUGAUACAGAUCAUGUCACAAGUCCCGUAACAGCUGCCAUUUCGGCUAGAGAUUAUGACCAAUUACGCGAGGUGCUUCGAAAAGACCCGGCUUGCGCUGCAGAAUAUGUCGAUUCUCUGAGUAUUGGUUGUUUAGCUCUUACCAUUAUAUGGCCACGAGGUUUCAAGCUGAUGUUGGAUGCAUUUGCGUCCGCAAACCUGAUUGAACGGCAACCAUUCACAGUGGCCGAGGCAAUAAAUCUUGCUCGAGAAUACUAUUUCGAAAACUGUACACAUGCUGAAUGCAAACCAGGCGAUGAUACGCCUGGGGGUCAUUAUUUUGAGCACAGCAUUCUGGGGCCUCUCAUUGCGCUGGGGAUACCCUGCCGAUUUCACCAAACUCUGCUAAAAUCUCGAUGGGUUGGGCCCCUUUGUUACUUUAUCGAGAGUCUGUUCUUCAACACCGUGAAAUUACAACGAGAAGCGCUAAAAGCUCUGGCUUUAAAGCAUUUAAGCCAGCGGGACAUUAUCAGAUACGACCUGUUGAAAGACUCCAUACUGGAUGCACAGGCUGGGGCAGUCACAGCGAAACUACAUGAACUGGGUGUCCCCGUCUCAGAGGUCUUAUAUGUUCCUUUGGACUACCAAUCAGUUCAUCGUAACUUGAGAACUCAGCCGAAAUAUCGGGAUUGUUUGGAAUAUCUAUGGCAAAUGGGAUUUCGCGAUAUCGAUAGUGUGAGCAUGAGCGGCGCUUGCCUACCUCACAUUGAUAUAAGUUUCGCGUCAGUGUCAUGGUAUAUUCGUCACGGCGUUGAUUUGAACAUGUCGGAAAACAUACUGCAAGUUGAUGAGUUUUCAGAUACUAACACCAUCUUGUCAUCACACAUAACUUCAUGGAAGCUAGCAGCAGUUUUCUGUUCUUCACGCUGCAACCUUAACCCGGAAGCAGUAGAUGUUCUACGGGAAAUAUGUGGUUGGACAGCUUUGGAUUCUUGCCGAUGCCAAUGUUCACCGUUGGGGUGCUCCUCAUUCAAAGUGUUCUUUCAUCAUGUUGCCUCCAUAAUUCGGUUGAAUCAUGGUAAAAAUGCAAGCAAAAAGAGAUGGCCAUUCCUUCCUUCCUUGAACGAAAUCUUCAACACACAAAGAUUGCAAAUAAUUCGUCUCAUGACCUUUCAGGAAUUGGAUAUUCCUCAUACGUGUUGUACCAAGGACAAGAUGUGGUUUUCAAGUGUCGAUUUGGAUGAGGCGGAAGAGAUUAAUGAAGAAUAUGGGCUUUUGAUCGACCAGCUCAACUCUCUGAUGGAUCAAUUUGAAGACGUGAUGGAACAGGAAAGCUAUCCGAUAGGGGAUUUCAUCAAUAACCAUUGGGCCCAGAAGAUGGAAGAGGUCAAAAGAAGUCAGGCCGAUAUUGUCUUGACUGGCGCAGAGCUUGAUGCUGCAAGGGAGAUUGGCGUUACUUGGUCCCCGGUACCUGCCGAGGAAACUGAUGUUUUAACUACGGAAGUGUCUAUGAACAAAAAGCUUCAGUGGUGGCUGAAUCAAAUGGAUAGUUUGUAG